GACAUAGCAAAGAGUAUUGCGAAACCUGUAGAUCCAAGCGAUUCAUCGGAUAAAGUAAAAGAGACUACUGAAAUAUCUGACUCCACUCAGACAUCGCCUACAUCGUCAGAAACAGUUCCAGAAGCUCAGCCUACAUCUUCUGAUUUGGUAGUUCAACCAGGACCUAACAUGUCUCUUGCUCCAGCGGAUUUACAUGGUAUGUGGUAUCCAACAGUUCGACGUACCUUGGUAUGUCUCUCAAAGCUCAGUCGCUGUUUGGAAACUGACUCAUUCCGUGGUUUAGCCCAAGAAUGUGUGUCGAUGUGCGUUCAGUCGUUGGUGAAAGCAAGCGAUGCAAUCAGCCUUCGUCGGACAGAACUUGAUGGACAAUUAUUUCUCAUUAAACAUCUUCUUAUACUUCGUGAACAAAUGGCACCAUUCAGUAUUGAGUUCUUAGUCAAGGAGACUAGUUUGGAUUUUUCACCAUACAAAAAUGUUGCACGUCAUAUUUGGGAACAUAGAGGAAGUGGUUUGUUUUCACUAAGUCGAGAGAAUGCCUUAUUGAGAUUUUUGUUGGAAACUCCAAAUGCAAUUGAUAUUGAAGUGGAUUCUAGGCGUCAGUUGGAUAGUCAAUUGAAAUAUACAUGUGAAUUACUUAUUGAACAACAGGUAGCACAAUUAACAGGUGAAAUGUCAAAUUUCCUUAAAAGGGCUUAUUCAGUCUUAGCUGCUCCAGGUGUUCGUCUUACCGAUCAAUCUUUUGCGUAUGCAUCCUUUGUAAAAGACAUUGUUUCAAAUGCACAUCGAUUACUUUGUAUAGCUCUUGGACGUAGUUCAAAUUCGAACCGUUCUGAUGUUGGUAAACAUUCUGUACCAUCCAAUCUUAGAAAAGCAUUACACAUUUAUUUGGCCAAUCCAGAUACAGAGAGUAUUUUAUUACGUCGUAUUCAGUCAGGUGUUCUGUUACAGUGGAGAUCGAUGUAUCAGUUAUUAACUGAUCAUUACAGUGAUGAAGAUCGUAUGAUAAUUGGGUGUCCUACUGAAAGUCAGACUGACUCAUUCCGUGGUUUAGCCAAAGAAUGUGUGUCGAUGUGCGUUCAGUCGUUGGUGAAAGCAAGCGAUGCAAUCAGCCUUCGUCGGACAGAACUUGAUGGACAAUUAUUUCUCAUUAAACAUCUUCUUAUACUUCGUGAACAAAUGGCACCAUUCAGUAUUGAGUUCUUAGUCAAGGAGACUAGUUUGGAUUUUUCACCAUACAAAAAUGUUGCACGUCAUAUUUGGGAACAUAGAGGAAGUGGUUUGUUUUCACUAAGUCGAGAGAAUGCCUUAUUGAGAUUUUUGUUGGAAACUCCAAAUGCAAUUGAUAUUGAAGUGGAUUCUAGGCGUCAGUUGGAUAGUCAAUUGAAAUAUACAUGUGAAUUACUUAUUGAACAACAGGUAGCACAAUUAACAGGUGAAAUGUCAAAUUUCCUUAAAAGGGCUUAUUCAGUCUUAGCUGCUCCAGGUGUUCGUCUUACCGAUCAAUCUUUUGCGUAUGCAUCCUUUGUAAAAGACAUUGUUUCAAAUGCACAUCGAUUACUUUGUAUAGCUCUUGGACGUAGUUCAAAUUCGAACCGUUCUGAUGUUGGUAAACAUUCUGUACCAUCCAAUCUUAGAAAAGCAUUACACAUUUAUUUGGCCAAUCCAGAUACAGAGAGUAUUUUAUUACGUCGUAUUCAGUCAGGUGUUCUGUUACAGUGGAGAUCGAUGUAUCAGUUAUUAACUGAUCAUUACAGUGAUGAAGAUCGUAUGAUAAUUGGGUGUCCUACUGAAAGUCAGAUUCGUCUUUUAUUUCAAGAUAUUUGGAUUCAUUGA